AUGUCCUACAAAGGUGCUUUCGAAAGUUUUGUCCGGUCGGCAUUUAAAGACCUAAACAAUUCCGUGAAAGCAUUGACCGAUGAAAAUAAGAAACAGAGUGUAAACAUUGAUCAGCUGACCAAAACUGUAAACAAACACAGCCAUUUUUUGAGUAAAAUACCGGAUCAUGAGGCGAAAAUAACGAAGCUCACCGAGACGGUAAACGAACAUGCUAAAGAUGUAUCACAUCUGAAAACGUCAGAACAUAGUCUACGGAAGUCAGUAGACGAUCAGGCCAAAAGAAAUAGGCAACUGGAAAACGAUUUGAAAGCUGAGAAAAGAACUGUUCGGGAUCUUGAAAAUCUAUGUCUAGAUCUGCAGCAGGAGGUCAAUCAGAUGGCUAAACAGAUGGAACACCCGUUAGAUCCACUGAAAGACAUCGAUAGGUGUCUGAUUAUAACCAACCUGCACGCAGACGAAGACGAAAAUGCGAAACAGCGCGCUCAAGAGGUUAUAAAUUCAUUGAAGCUGGACACUGCACUUGAAGUAGUUAAAGCUGUGAGAAUGAAGUCACGUACAGUAGGAAAACCGGGUAGCGCUUCCAAGUAA